GAAACUACCGAAACUGAAACAUGGCCAAGAAGAAGGGAAAGAAGGGCAAGAAAGGCAAGCGAGCCAAGGUCGAUUGUAAGCUGCCAAUCACCGAUGCGAUGCUCAAGCAACCAGCGAUGGAUGAUUGCGAUGGCUGCUGUCAGUGUGAGUGCGUGUGCGAUUGUGACUGCAGUCCGGAGAUUGCUCCGUGCUUCCUGCAACCGCGUCGCCCCGAUCCGGGACCCGAGGCCUACGAAGAGUUUGAGGCUUGCCUCAAUGGCAGCGGCCUGACCAUACGCGUCCUCAAGAACACCCACAAGGUGGAGACCGUCGACGAUGGCAGCAACUUCAAUCCCGAUCUGGGCGCUGACGAUGAUCCCUGCUAUCGCGACAGCAUUGACGACUGUGAGCCGAAGAAGGAUCCCUGCCUGCACGAGCUUCUGCAGCGCAGCUCCUUUGCCCGCAACCAUAUAAGACGCCGCACAGGGGGCAAGAUCAUCAAUCACCCGAAGAUACCCAAGGUGCGGGCAAACAUCAAAUAUUCGGGGAACGAUGCCUGCGAGACGGACAACUAUUAUGUGCCCUUCUCGAAGAUCAAGGAGGCGUGCGACUUCCAGGAUGAUCGCAGGGAAUGCUAUCGCCAGCGGCUCUGCGGCGGUGGGCCGAAAAUGGUGCCCGCCUGCCCACCCGCACAGAACCAAAGAAGCUGCUGCAUGCAGGUGGAGCGCAAGGACAUACAGGAGACAAUGAAGGGCCUCAAUCUGGACACCAAAAAGAAGGGUAUUGAGGUGUGCUACAAGACCUGCGACGAGACGGACAGCGAUGUGUUCCUCGUGAAACUCGGCAGCAAAGCCAAGUCGCGCCACAAGAAGAACGUCAUCGAGAUUGAGCUGCGUACACCGAAGCAGCCAGUGAUUCUGCCCAGCAAUAAGGUCACCACCGAGACCUAUGUCACCGAGGAGCUGCUGAAUGCUGCCGGCGGUGGUGGUGGCAAGAAGGGGAAGAAGGGCAAGGGCAAGGGCAAGGGCAAAAAGAAGAAGUAGUUGCAGCAAACCCAAAUCCAAAACCCAACUGCAGCGACAACCAACCGGACUUGACCAGAACCAGUAGGGAUUGACAACCUUUUUGAAGGAUCAUCCCAGAGAAAUUGUCAUCAAAAUUCUAGCAGCUAUUUUCCAAUUUCAAUUAUCAAUUUGGCAUCACAUCACUCACAUUUUUCCUUUGGCUUUCGGAUAAUAUUUAAACAAUAAAUGUGAGAUUUGGAAUCUUUAA